AAGAAGAAGAAGAAGAAGAAGAAAGAGGAACAACUGGAAGAAGAAGAAAAACUAGAACAACAACAGCUGAAAGACAAAACAAGCUUUAAGCUUUAAAUUGAAUCUGAUGUAGUCAGCUUUAAACUCAGGUUCAGUUAUUCAGCGAAAAGACCAACAGACUCAGACAUUUGGAACAAAGAGUCAGAUCAGCAGAACUCAAAUCACGGACAUGUCGGCUGAAAUUACGUCACUCUUGUUGUUUGUCGUGUUUGUGUCUGCAGAGCCGACAAUCAUCAUACAGUCUGGACAGGACGUCACUCUGACAUGUCGAGCUCCAAACGACAGCAUCAGAGUUCUAAAGUGGAGAAGAGAAGUACUGGAAACAGAAUCUGUGCUUUUGUACCCCGGUGGCCACUUGGUUCCUGACGACCAGCAUCCAUCUUUUAAGAACCGGGUGGAUCUGCAGGACAGACAGAUGAAGGAUGGAGACGUGUCUUUGAUUCUGAAGAAUGUGAUGCCUGAUGACGCUGGAACAUACGAGUGUCAUGUCUACAUGGAAGAAACGCGCUCAUGGAACCUCAUCAACAGCAUCCACCUGAGUGUUCCUCCAGAUCCGACAAUCAUCACAGCUGAGUCUGGACAGAACGUCACUCUGACAUGUCGAGCUCCAAGCAACAUCAGAGAUAUAAAGUGGAGCAGAGCUGACAUGGAGUCAAAAUAUGUCCUUUCAUACUGGAAUGGUCACUUUGAUCAAUCCAACCAGCAUCCAUCUUUUAAGAACCGGGUGGACCUGCAGGACAGACAGAUGAAGGAUGGAGACGUGUCUUUGAUUCUGAAGGACGUGACGAUUAAUGAUGCUGGAACAUACAUGUGUGAUGUUUUAAUGGCAGGAAUAUUCUCAUGGGAGCCCAUCCGCCUUAUCCUCCUGAGUGUUUCUCCAGAUCCGACAAUCAUCAAAGCUGAGGCUGGACAGAACGUCACUCUGACAUGUCGAGCUCCAAACAACAACAUCAUGGUUGUAAAGUGGAAAAGAGAAGUACUGGAAACAGAAUCUGUGCUUUUGUAUCGGGAUGGUCAGUUUAAACAAUACAACCAGCAUCCAUCUUUUAAGAACCGGGUGGAUCUGCAGGACAGACAGAUGAAGGAUGGAGACGUGUCUUUGAUUCUGAAGGAUGUGACGAUUAAUGAUGCUGGAACAUACGAGUGUCGUGUCCUCAUGGAAGACACGCUCUCAUGGGAGAUCAUCAGCAUCCACUUAACUGUUGUUGUUCGUCCAGACCAGAAAAACAUCACAGCCGAGUCUGGACAGAACGUCACUCUGACAUGUCGAGCUCCAAAUAACAACAUCAGAGUUGUAAAGUGGAGCAGAGCUGACCUGGAAGAUAAAAAUAUUCUUUCUUUCCGGGACGGCCAGUUUGAUCCAGACAGCCAGCAUCCAUCUUUUAAGAACCGGGUGGAUCUGCAGGACAGACAGAUGAAGGAUGGAGACGUGUCUUUGAUUCUGAAGGAUGUGACGAUUAAUGAUGCUGAAACAUACAAGUGUCAGGUCUUCAUCAGAGAAACACGCUCAUGGCAGCUCGUCAGCAUCAUCACACUGAGUGUUGUUGAUCCUCCAGGUCAGACAGGAGGACACACAGAGGAUGGAGGGAAGAAGGAGGAUGGAUCUGUUGGACUGCUUCUUGGUCUGAGUGUUUCUGCUGUGUUUCUUGUUGCUGUUGUUAUUGUUUUUCUGAUCUACAGGCAAUACAAACGACAGAACCGGGAUUUUAACUAGCAUCCUGUUGAGCUGCAGCAGGUUGAAAUGUCUCAGAGCUUUUUCCAGCUUUGAGUCUGCUGUUGAUGUUCAGAGUUCUGGGUGUUGUCAGUGUUUAAAAUCAUGCAGCAACAGAUGAACUGAGCACAGACAGCAAGCUCACAGUACUAUAUGUUUAUUUCAUUUUUACUCAGUGUUUUUGUUUUGAAGUUUAAAAGAGUGUCCUACUGAUCAACAGACCGCACGGCCUCUUCUGACUUCAGUAUCAUAACGUCGACCAGUGAACUUUGAGUGAACUUUGCAUAAUCUGCAUAACCUUUUCAUUAAAUCCAGUUCAUCAGAUCUUCCAGCUACAACACUAAUAUGAAAUAUGUAAAUAUAUAAAGUACAUAUUCAUGUAACUGCAGCUCGAGUGUCUGUUUGGGUCCCUGUGAUGUAAAUUUCAUCCUUAGUGAGAGCGAGGGUUCGUGUGGAGGUCCAACUACCUGCAGUCUGCAGAGAAUUUACUUUACAGUGACCCAACUGUGCAGCCAGGCAGGACCCUUCAAAGAAGUCCAACAGGAAGGACUGUGUCUGUGUCUGCAGCAGAGUCUAAUCCUGGCUUUGUAGAUACAUACAGACAUAUGAAGCUGAAUGAUGUCAACUUCUUCAUGCUUCUGCUUCUCUUUAACUUUUCUGUGUCAAUAAAGGUUUUCAUGCAAACCUC